AUGAAACUCUACAUCCAUGAUGAAAUCUCGGAAGAUACCAGAGUCAUUAUCUAUGAUUCUGCAGCCUCCGAUUUUAAUGCUCUUAUCAACUUGAUUCAAGAAGAGUUUGGUUUGAAAAACAAGGGUAAAAAGGUGGAACAAAUACGUGAUGAAAGGAAUAAAACAAUCACAAAGAAGGAACAAUUAAAGGAAAAGAUGGAUCUUUACAUUCAAAUCUCUGAGCAACAAAAACAACAACCACAAACAGAGAAGGCAAUAGAAAAGCCUAAUACCAUUGCUACCAGUAGUAGCAUCAAUGCUAAUAGUAAUAAUAGCACAAAGCCUUCAGAAGUUCCAUCUGCUACUAUGCAAAAAGAGUUGAAUGCUCUUGCUGAUAGUGCUGUUAAACAUUUUCAGGCUAGAGAAUAUAGAAAAGCUGUAAAGGCUUACAAAUUAUUACAAGCAUCAAAUGUUGAUUCCAUGGGAUGUAUGUCAAAUAUUGCCACCGUUUACAUUGCAGCUUCAAAGUUUGAUAGAGCUCUCAAAUACCUAUUGAAAUGUCUUGAAAUGGACAAGUAUAAUCAGAAUAUUUACAAAUUACUUGGAAAGUGUUAUUUUGGAUUGAAGAAUUACAAAGAGUCUCUUCAAAACUUUUAUCAUCAAGUGACAAUCUUGGAGAAAUAUCAAAAGGAGAUUAAGGACGAAAGUAAAUUGAAGGAUAUCACUGAAUUGAUUCAAGAUGGAUAUGUGGAUAUGGCCAAGUGUUUAACACUUAUAGGUGAGAAACAACAAGGUUUUUCCUUUAUUGCCAGUGUUUUAAAGAAAAACGAUGCUCAUAAGGUUGCUUUAUUGGAAUACGCCAAAUAUGUAUUGUAUGAGACAAAGGAUGCUUCAGAUAGUAUUACGGCAACUUUGAGAAUUCUUGUUGCUGAUCAAAAUAAUGUUGAUGCAAAGGAUAUUUUGUCUGAAAUUGUUGAAACCUUUGGUGUUGAACCUCUCCUAAACCAUAUUUCUCAAGGUUCUGAAAAGUUAGAUACUUCUGCUGCUCCUGGUCUUGCUUGGAUGGCUCUCAUUUUGAAAGAACAUUCUUGUAUUAAUGAGGCUGUAGUACUCUACAAAACAGCUUUAAAGUUGGCUCCAAGUAACUUUGCUUAUUUGCUUAAUUUGGUUCACACUUUAGAAAUUGAUGUAAGAUUCAAGGAUGCACUCUGUGAAAUCAAAGAAUUCUGUAAGAAUAACCCAACAGUUGCAAGUGGAACAUUCACCACAAAAGUUUUACUUGAGGUUAGUAAUUUUGCAUUUAGUUUUCUAACAUAG